AUGGCCAGUGGUGUACUGCAAAUCGUUGGAUUGGUAGUUGGAGGCAUUGGCUUAGCUGGGACUUUUGCAGUGACUGGCAUGCCUCAGUGGAGAGUAACUGCCUUCAUUGAAAACAACAUUAUAGUAUUUGAGACCAUUUGGGAAGGACUAUGGAUGCACUGUAUCAGACAAGCCAACAUCAGGAUGCAGUGCAAAGUCUACGACUCCCUCUUGGCACUUUCACCUGAUCUACAGGCAUCCAGAGGACUGAUGUGCUCUGCUUCAGCACUCUCAUUUCUUGCUUUUAUGAUAGCCAUUAUGGGCAUGAAGUGCACUCAGUGCACUGGGAACAAUGAGCGAAUCAAGGGUCACGUUCUGCUGGCAGCUGGAGUUCUCUUCAUCCUAUCUGGUAUUGUUGUGUUCAUCCCAGUGUGUUGGGUUGCCAAUACCAUCAUCAGAGACUUCUAUAAUCCAGUUGUCAACGUAGCACAAAAACGAGAACUUGGGGAGGCCCUCUACAUAGGCUGGGUAUCCGCAUUCUGUCUCAUCGCUGGGGGAGCAAUAUUCUGUUGCUUCUGCCGUUGUAAUGAGAAAACCAGAAACUACAGGUUCUCAGCGCCUUCACAUCAUACAUCUUACAAAACUCAUCAUAUGCAAAGGAAAACUGAAAGCUCAUAUUCCAAAAGUCAGUAUGUCUAG